AUGGCCUAUCUGCUAAAAUAUUAUACAUUUUCGGCGAAAAUCCGCACGCUUUCCGAGUUCCAAGUACGACUCCAGACGAAUCAACAGGCGCCCUCCAAUGCCGAGAUUAUUACGACGCUUCGCUAUUUUCAGCAAACGCUUAUUGGGUUUCUAAAGGAACUGGCGCCCGGCAAUUCUCACUUCUGCCAAAAAUUCUCGCUCGAUCCGGCGAGAUGGGCUUUGUAUCCGAAUCUCAACUAUUCAGGGCUAUUUUAUGCCAUCUCCAAUCUCCUUGAAGUAUUUCCGUUAAUUACCUCCGGACAGAUGGCUGUUGGAGAAGCUGUCUUGGACACCAUCAAGGCCCUGAUGCUAUUUUUGGAUCGAGAUGCCAUCGAGCAGCUGCCGAUUACCUUGGCUUCACAGAUUGGGGUCUUUCCAGCUGAUUUGAAUAAGCAGAUUGUGCACCUCUUGGCUGAUUGUCUAUUUCCAUUUGCAUUAUCGCCAGAUACUAGCGCUAGAUUAUCGGUGCCUGGAUGUCUAAUGCUAGUACUCCAGAAUACAAAUGACCCUAGCCUUCACACCUGGAUGCUUGAGGCAAUAAUGGCAACUUCAGAAGAUGUGUACCGUGAUGUGAUUUCGGUUAUUGCAAAGGGGACUUCCGAAUCACGCGUCUCAGCAGCCAAUCUGCUAUUCCAUUAUUGGCCCUUCAGCAACCCACAAUUCUUACAUAGGAAAACUAUUCAAUAUCGGGUCCAAGCCUGGACAGCCCCAACGUGUCAAUACAGCUCCUGCCCAGAUAAAGCUACAGCCAUCAAGAAGUGUUUCGAGCCGAGUAUCUGUUCCGACGGCGCCGAUACCUCCCCUCCGGCCUUUCUGUGUCGUAGAUGCGCUGACACGGUGUUCAAUGAGAAGCAGGUGCCAUUGGAGAUUAUGAUGCAGCCGAUGCCAACAAGUACACACGGGACUUGUCAGAACAAGGGUUGCUCACAUCGACUCGCCAUCGGAACUUGCUUCUCCCCAGAAUGCUCCAAACAUAAUGGCUUCGUACCUGUCAGACUUUGCCAAGAAUGCUUGAUAAAAGAACACGAAGGUGACAAUGCCUCCCACUUCCGUCACCACGGCCGAAGUAUCGUUUGGGGAGACCCGGAAUUGUGCUGGGAUAUGGUCGAAGCCAUCGUCCAAUUGCUACGCGAGACAGCGACCCACUUGGAAGGUUCCGAAGGGGAAGGGAAACGGCCGAAGUGGUUGCGACAACUUGAAGGAGGUCAUCAAAUGGGAAAAGAAAUUGACCGAAUGGCCGAUGAGCGUCGAAUGCUAUCCAGAUUUGGUGUCUGGCUAAUGCAUGUUCAUACACCACCCACCGUAGAUGCCGACCCCAAAGCGAUCAGCUAUAUGAUGGGCACUGUAUUCCAAUGGUUUGCCACCACAGCCCUACUACCAAACGAUUCGAUGGGCCAAACCCUUGAGCAGCUGAAGACCGACUUUGUCUGCCAAUGGAUCAACCAGGCCAUCAAGAAUCACUAUGGUGUUUUUGUGCAGUCACUCAGCCCCGCCGCAGCUGAAACUGAUGAUCGGCCCGCUUUGGAACAAACCAAGGAGGCCUUGGGUCGAUUGUUAGCCCUAAUGCCCUAUGACAUCAUUUCUUUCGACACAUGGAAUCGUGUAAUCCCCAGUUGGCUACAAUACAUCUAUGAAGAAGCCCAAGAAGAACACCUAGGAGAGCUGAAAGUACUUCUGGCCAAAAUCUUCGAGCCUGACCUCUGCCCCCUCCCAUUCGAUACCGUCAAGGUUUUCGAAUUCGUUACGAAGCAGUUGUUGAGCAAGAACUAUGACAACAUUUUCAGCGGUUUACAAUGGCUACAUCAACUGUCGAGAAUGGAGAUCACAAUCCCGAUGGCCAUGCUGCUCGACGAUUUCAGCAGUUUUCUGAUGCAAAUGAACCAAGUGGAGCUGCCGCCUAUUGGGGAGAACGAUCUGGAAAGUGACGAGGUCUCGCUGCACGUGAUUAUGGUCGACAUUUUGGUGCUGCAGCUUCGUUUGAACGAUGUGACCUUUCAUGACCUGGCCAACACUUCGGAUCGGCUGUUUUCUACUCUGGCACUUUUGCUAAGCGUUCCAAUGCAUGUCGGGCCGCAUUGCUGUACAAAUCCUGAAAUGGACGAAUUUCCGGAUUGUAAUGCUUGUCAACAGGCUGCUUUUCUACAUCAGAUGCUGAUGUUGAUUGCCGAAGCUGUUAGUCCGAAGAAGGAGGUGGCUAUCCAGGCUACCGAAGAUUUGGCUGUUGAUGCACCGGAUGAGACAUCUAUGACCACUUCACAACCGUCUACGUUAUUAUCUCCGCAAACACAACAGACCGGCAGCGCAAUGAACACUGGUGCUCAAGUCAGCCCUAUGGAAGGUAUGGAAGGCCUACAAUAUCAUUCCGGAGCUGUAGUCGAAAUGGCUAGCGAUGAAUGCGUUGGCAUUCUCCCAACCGAAGAGGUCGAAAUGGAGAUGGCACAGGCGGUGACACUGACAGAUCAGGAUGUCGGACGGGAAGGAUGUCACGUUAUAACGACCACCCUGAUAGAAGGAAAAGGAGGAACGCCGAGCUCGUCCUCAAUGCCGCCUCCUCAAAAUACGCCUCCCUCAUUCUGGGAUACUUCUGUUGGGCGUUUCCGAUUCACGAUGGACCAACUGCCAUCGCAGCUGAAGCUAGUCCAUGCAUUGCUAUCGAACCUGGACCGCGAGGAAGACCCCGAUGUUCAGUACUUCAUGCUAAAUUCUCUGAAGUACCUUUGCUUACAUUGUGAAGCACUGGCCAACGCAAGAAGUCAGCAUCGUGGAUUCUUGAUUUGGACCCUGGAACACAUGUUUGUUCCGAAAAUGUGGUCAUUGCUUAGAUCUGAUUUUGUGCAAGUUGGUGAACUUGCAUCGCUGCUGCUCAUCCACUGCGCCACGUUUCCGGCUGGCGAAGAUAUUUUGUGGAAAGUCGUGACAAAAGAUUUCACCGCUGAUAAAUGGCAGACAAGAUUUGAUGCAGUUGGUCGUGCCUACGUUCUGGCUCAUAUGAUGAAGCCGGCGCCAGUGAAAGCCAACAAAGUGGUCCAGACGACGCUUUCUGUCAUCUUCUACCACAUGAUCGUCUCUAUCCAUGAUCCGAGCGCACAGGUUGCUCAACGUGCGUUGAUUGCCACUAGGGUUCUCCCGAGCACGACUCUCAAGCUUGUCUGUCUCUGUUUCGAAGCACAAUUCGACGCUUGUAUUAUCGAUCGACCGUUGUUGAUCCAUGCCAUCCAGACGUUGACAACGCAGGUUCCUGAUGAGACCACCCUCACCUACGAGUUUUUCAUCCAGCGCUUCGAAACUCUCGUCAUCGAAAGUCAAUUAAAUUCGCAAAGCGAAGACUCUGCAUUUGUACAAGACUUAUCACAUACGGAUCCGAUGUCUGAGCUCUACCAGCGCAAGGUUACGAAAGCCAGAAAGGCUUUGGAAGAAGCAACGACCGCUCGCAGUCUUGUGCGACAUCUCCGUGGCGUAUCCCUCCGUCAUCAGCUCCCACCAAAAAUCGCUGAUGAGCCAGUGGUCACCCUGGUCCGGGUGGUCAACCGGUGGAGGGAUAUGGCCGCACAGUUCACCGUCUCGGCGGCAUCCCUCGUCUCUCUGAUCGCCAAGACGUCGCCAGUAGUGAUGCGUGGAUUCGGCAGACUGCGCGAAUUCACGGAUGAAGAAUCAAACAUGUGCCUCCUUCUGAAUCGCGUCGUCGACAUGGAAAACCCAGAACGACACACCGUCUACCUCAUCAUCAGCCUCUUCGUGUCCUUCCUGUGCAAUAAAAAGGCUUCGCCAACGGACGAGAAGCAGAAUGCAAAGAAGCAGUCGCUGUUGUUCCGGCAUUUCAACGCUCUUCUUGGGUAUUCGAAUACGGAGAAGUGCUUUACGAUACCACCUUCAAGGAUCAGAAGAUCUGCCGUAUGCAACGCUUUUCUCUCUGGACUGCCAGAGAUCCUCGAUUCAAAUUUGAUUAUUGGAAAUCAACUCCUUCCAACCGUGGUCCAGCUCCUCAUCCACCUACCAUCGCCACAAAAGCUGGCUAGCGAUCGGCACAACUGCAACUAUUCAUUGAAACUUUUGGAACAACAUCCUAGGCAUCUCUGGCUGAACUCGCUGAUUUUGAUCUUGUACAAAUACCGCUUUGACACCGUCCCAAUCAGCGAUGGAGUCUUAAAGUUAAUCAAUAUCGUUUUGAAAACUUUGGAGGGACAGGCUCACCUGUGUUCUGAAGAGAUGUGUAUGGACGCAGAAGCCUGUGCUGGAUGGGGUGAUGUAUCGACCGAAGAUGAAGACGAAACGCUUCCAGAAGAAACGGUCCACCAGGCACGCAGACCCGACACCCUACGUGUUGCACGUAUCGCGGAGCAAGUGGAACCAAGUGCGGAAAUGGAAAUGGCGACGGUAGUCGAGCCGACUGUUGUGACUCCGCUCGUUCAAGCCUCCGUAAUGCAACCAACCAUCAUUGAACCUUCACAUCAACCCGGAUCUUUUCACAAGACUUCUAUGGAAAGGCGGAAAAAGCGCAUGCAAAAGAAGGAAUCCUCAUCAAAACCGAAGCGCUUGGCCCAAGCCGUCGAGAUGAGAUGCGGAUUCUGUAACCAUCCCACCGAAAGCUUCGACGAGGAGACCUUAUCUCUAUGCCUUGUAUCUUUAUCGGCCUUCCUACAUCGUGAACCGGCAAUGGCGGCUCCCAGCUUGUUCCGUAUCUUGCAUACGGUCACUAGGCUUAUCGAUAAACCACUUUACCCAUGGCAUUCCACCGACGUUUUUGUGCCCGGCAAUUGCAAAUCGGUUGCCAAACAAAUGGUGCGAGUGGUGAUCCAUCAGCUCUCCUCAUCCGGAAUUGCCUACCAACUUUUUGAUUCGACACUGCCGAGGGAUGAUCCAUUCUGGGGUGUCAUUGCGUUAUCCCUCGCUGAUUUCACCGAGUUGAGCCCGGUCUACUUUAUUCAACUUCUUUUGGAGGAUUUACAAGAAACAUGGCCACAAAAGAUGUCGACAAUUAUGCGGAACUUAGCUACAUAUACUGUGGAGAUUCCAACCGACUCCUACAUCGUGCAUUGGAGCACGUUGUCUGGCCAUUUGGAAAACUUUUUCCGGAAAUAUCAUACCGUGAUGACGGCCGAGGGUGGGAAGAAGCCUAUGAGAAGCGAGCUUCAAAAUGCCAUUACCGUUCUCGCCCAUGUCAUGAAGGUUCAAAACUUUUCGUCAUUCAAGAACGCGGUCCCACUGGUUGAUGCGUUUUCUAAAUGGCUGUCCGAAGCGAUGCAUUCAACGCCCCUAGCACUACCCGCUCUGCUGACAAUAUGCACGGCCUGCAAUCGCGCGUUAAUUAGAGAACGCGAUAAGCAAUGCAUUACCCGGUCGGUGGUUUCUGAAUUGAUACACGCCAUCAAAUUCAAAUGCCCGAUGCAUGAGGCGAAUUACAUGACGAUUGCGAAUAUGAUUCUGCAGGAUGCCGGGGAAUCAAUUCCUGUGGCUUUGAACGACGAUCAGUUCAAUACAGCAGCCGCAGAGGCUGUCCGCCCAUUCCUCUUCGAAAUCCUCGACUUUAUCUCGGAUCUUCAUGUCUUGGCGAAAAUCAAGAAAGAGAUCCAAUCAGACAGCGUCGGUGGAGACCUGAAGGUUGCCUUGGCGGAAGUGAUUGCCGUGGAAAUGAGCCGUACUCGCGACUGCCGAACGGUGAUCAGGUUUAUUCCGUGGUUGAUGAGCCCGCCAUCCGUUACACAAGCUGCCCCUGGAGCUUUUGCUGAUUCGGUGUCAAACGUGCGGGUCUUAUCAUGGCUACUUUUGGGAGCACUACAUGCUGGUCAACAUUGUCUACCAGUGCCCAUUGAAUGUUCUCAGCAUAUGGCUGAUUACAUCCAUUUUGUGCUAGCAGGAUUUGCCGAUCAAUCGAAGCAAUCGGUGGUGCACAUGUCGGCGUUAUUCCAUGCAUUCCAUCUAUGCCAAUUGUGGACCAUAUAUUGUGAACGAGCUGCCAGCUUUUCGUCACAAACUGCCUUCAGUCAUCUUUUGGACUUUUGGGCUCGAGUGACGCCGGCUAUUUUGCAGUUGCUAAGCCAUUCAAAAGUGCUUGCCGAUAUGGUUAACCUACACUUUUUGAAUACGAUCCAGGCCUUGCAGCAAGUAAAUUCCGCUCUACUCUGUCAACUAUUUGCAAUGUGGGCACCAAUUCUAACCGCCUACCAUUCUCAAAUUCCAAGCCAGCUCCGGAUGAAGAAAGUUCGCUACAAGAUUGCCCAAGUCGAACUGCAAACUUCCGCGGCUUCCCCUUACUACACUGUC